AGAAAUAGUCGAAUAAUCGGCUUGUUUGUAUUGUUUCGGGGAAUGCAAGGAAAAACAAUAAAACUAUUUAGUUAUUCAAAACAGCCAUUGGAAUAAAGAAAACAAGUGUUUUUUUUUUCUCUUGUAUGCAUUUCGUUUAUGUUUGGAUAGGGAAGUUAUAAUCGUGAGUGCCCAUAAGAAAAAAAAAAAACAAAGAAAGUCGGGCCUCCUUUGUUGCCGUUUUCAUCAUGCCUAUUCUAUAUUCCGUAAUAUCCCGUGGUGUCACGGUCCUGGCGAAAUACGCAGAGUGCGUUGGCAAUUUUGCUGAAGUAACCGAUCAGAUAAUAUCCAAAAUAACGCUGGACAACCACAAGCUGACCUACUCUCACGGCGACUACUUGAUUCACUAUGUGUGUGAAAAUAAGUUGAUAUACAUGUGCAUCACAGAUAGUGAAUUUGAACGAGCUCGUGCUUUCUUGUUUCUAUCUGAUAUUAAGCAAAAGUUUAUACACACGUAUGGCUUGCAGGUGGCCACAGCAAUUGCAUACGCUAUGAACACUGAGUUCUCCAAAGUCCUUGCUCAACAAAUGACAUUCUUCAGCCAAUCUCUAGAGGUAGAUGCGAUUUCAAGAGUGCAUGGCCAAAUUGACGAACUGAAGGACAUUGUAGUUAAAAAUAUUGACAAUCUCAGAGAUCGCGGAGAGAAACUGGAACUACUUGUUAAUAAAACCGAAAAUUUGAGCAAUAAUUCUGUAGCAUUCCGCAAAGCAUCUCGUAAUCUCGCUCGUCAAAUGUUUUGGAAGAGCAUGCGUCUAUACGUUGUGGUUGUUGCUAUUAUAAUUUUCGUCGUUUACGUUAUUGGCAGCAUGAUUUGCGGAGGCCUGGAUUGGCACUCAUGCUUCGGCUAAGGCCAUUUUCUCUGACUUCACUGUGGGGUUUGACGACAAUUAUACUAUUAUAUUACUAUAUUAUAGCUAUUUUUAAAUAAACGCAUUAGUUAUCAUUUUA